AUGUUAUAUUUUCCAUUUCUAAAGCUUCCAUUCCUACCAAUUCAAAAUAUUGUACACAACUUGAGUUGUACUGAAAUAAUUGAGCUCUCUCUGUGCUCCCGUAGAUCAAAACGAUUAAUGCAAAGCAUCCGACACCCAGAGCCCACCCACAUUGAAAUAAUUAUUGAUCAAUAUCGUAUGUAUGUUGCACUUCGGAAUGGAAUCAAACAAUGUUUAUUCUGGUCAAUCAGAACGGAAUCGCAUAUAAAAUAUAACCGAGUUGAUACUAUUGAAAACGUUCGUGUUCGAGUUUUGAAACUCACUGGACCAAAUUUCAUGAUCGAUGGUACUCACGAGCCAGAAACAGUUCUAAAAGCUCUCGUGGAUCACUUGAAAGAUGUAUUCAAAGUUCCUCUCGAAGUGAAUUUUAAACCAUAUAAAAUGGAGAAUUUCUUCAGAUUUCUCCCCGUUUUUCCAGUCUGCAAACAACAUGUUGCACCCAAUCGAGUUCCCAACUUCGAUGAGAACGACAACAAACUGAAGUCUUCCUCGGAAAUCACACCGCCGCCGACGAAAAAAAUGAAGACGGAGGAGGCUCCGCCCCCCACUCAGCCGCCACUCAUCAAAAUGUUGAUUAGUUUCAAGAGAGAGCGUCAGGGAUUCCGUAUCAAAAAAGUGGAAACGACAAUAUACAACGAAGUGGUGAACGGACAGUGGAAACCGCUGCUCCAGACGUGGAAAAGCUCGAUUGGAAUCUAUUCGGAGCCGAAAUACCCAAUCCGACCGCCAAAACGAGCCAUCAGUGAAGACGACGGAAAACCGAAAAUACCGAAACUGAAAUUGAUAAAAAAUGCGGAUAAUAAUUACUCGAAAGUCUCUUGA